AGCAACAAGUGAAUAGAGCAGUAGCACACAAUCUCAGUUUCAGAUAACAGUGCAAAAACAGUUUAUUAUUUAUUCAUGAAUUUUACUUAAACCCACAAUAAUAAGUAUUUUUUUUUAAAGAGAUACUAUUUACAUGAGUACCUUAUAUAAACCCAUCGAGCUAGAAACACAAGACGUGUGUUGUUAACGUUACUUUGUGCUAAAAUCUGUGAAUGAUUUCUGCUAACUGGAGCAUCAUGAAUAAUCAAGAUGAUUCCUCAAAGACUCUGGACUCUGAAUUUGAUCAUUAUCUUGUUGAUAUGAAGCCGUAUGUGAUGAAACUGCCACAUAAGACAGAGCGCCAGCUAUGUGCCCUGUGGAUUAAGAAGCUUUGUGACCCUGUAACCUAUGGCUCUGGACUGACUGGAAGGAAAAAUCGUAACAUGUAUGCCCGCCUUCUUCUGCACAUGCUCAGAACAGGGCUUUUGGAGGGUCCCUUUACCAACAAACCUGAACCUGGCAGCCUCAAGACUUUACCAACAUACAUGUCUAUCUACUUUGAUGAACCAUUGGUGAGAAAGUCACGGGAGUCGAGCUCUGCAGAGCUGCCGGACUGGGUGUGUGGUGAAUUGGGUCAAGCAGAUGCCACAUGGUUAACAUCACCACUCUCAAACGCACACAGGAAGAAGGAAUUGUUUUAUGAGAAGUCUCCGUACAGACCCAUGGCCUCCAGUCCGCUCAAACACAUGGAGAAGAGCCAUAUUAAGAUGGCGGAGGAGACGCACAGUGGGCCGCCCAUUUCUUCUGAUGAUAGUGACUUUGAGACCCGCUUCAACAGCUGGAACCUGGGGAUUGAAAACCCCAGGUACCUGCGUGAGAACCCUGUUCCUCUUUCUCCGAUUUACAACAAGUCCAGCAUAGUUUUUGAGGAGACUGGCCUGGUGAAAUCUGAUAAAGAGAUUGAGCUGCGAACCAAAGUUCUGGAGGCCAAACAUCAGGAAGAGAUGCUGAGGAUGCAACAGAAGCAUGAUGCAGAGAUUCAGAAGGUUUUGGACCGAAAGAAUAGUGAGAUUGAUGAGCUGAAGAGCUUGUAUCGGGGGAAGCAGAAGGAGGGGGAGGAGACCGUUCGAAGGUUGGAGAACAGAGUUCAAAGCCUGCUGAGGGAGUCCCAGGUCAUCCGGCAGACCAAAGAGAAACAGAUCAGCGAGCUGAAAAAAAUGUCUGAUCAAAGUGCUGAAUCUCUGAAAAACGAAUGGGAAAAAAAGUUGCAUGCAGCAGUGGCAGAGAUGGAGCAGGAGAAGUUUGAGCUGCAGAAAAAACACACACAAAACAUCCAGGAUCUGCUGGAGGACACAAACCAACGACUGGCCAAGAUGGAGGAGGAGUACAACGCUCAGACUCUGUCCACCGAGCAGAUGGUGAAGGAGUUGGAGACACGGGUCAAGCAGCUUUCUGCGGAGGUGGAGACCGGGAACUUGCUUCGGCAGAAGGUCACACAGGAGAAAGCUGAACUAGAGCUCCUUAUUGCCUCCAUUAGCUCCGAGCUGCAAGAGGCCAACCACAGGAACAUUUCCAUCCAGAAGGACAUUGAGAAGAUGAGAGACCAUCAUGCAGACACACUGCAGAACCUUGAGAAAAAACAUGCAGCUGACAUGAGUCACUUUCAACAGGAGCAUGCCAUAUCUUUAUCCAAGUCUUCAGAGGUAAUGGAGGAUUUGGAGCAGACUGUGGUUUCCCUCAAACAACAGAUACAGGAAGCUGAAAAGAAGAAUCAAAAACAGCUCAAGGACAAGGAAACUAAGAUGCAACAGGAGAUGGCAUACCUCCAACUCAGCACUGAUAAAAAGCUGAAGAUACUCCAGGCUGACCUGGAGAAAGAACGAGCCGAUAGCAGAAAGAAGAUCAACAGCAUGGAGGACUCACUCAGGGAUAAAGAAGAGCAGCUGGUCCGUCUUCGGGGCAGUCAGAGACAGCAGGCCCAGCAGACUGAGUCCGCUCUGGAGAACUUUAAGAGACAGGUGGAACUCAGUGCACAAAAGACCUACGCUGAUAUGAAACAACAGAUGGAGAUAGUGGAGGCAGAUCUGAUUCGCUCUAAAUCACUACGAGAGAAACAGUCCAGAGAAUUCAGCCACCAGUUUGAGGAACUUCAGAAAAGACACGAGCAACAGAUCGUGGAACUGAAACUGCAGCAUGAACAGGAGCGAACGCACCAACUCCAGACGCACAAUGCCGAAAAGGACAGCCUGGUCCAGGAUCACCAGCGGGAAAUCGACAGUCUGGAGAAGCAGGCGAGGGCCGCCAUGGUCCAGCAGGAAGCACAGACCCAAGAAUGGAGUAAGCGCAAUGCUCAGACCAUCUCUGAGCUCAAGGCCCAGGUGCAUUCAUUAAGGAAUGAGCUGUUAGCAGCUCACAGUCAGAAGAAACAGCAGCUGAUGGAGUUAGGCCUGCUGAUGGAAGAGGAGCGUCAGCGGGCCGCUAAGGACCAGCAGAUGGCUUUAAAGCAUCUGCGAUCCGAGAUGGAUCAGGUGCGACUGGACCUGGAGAAGACCCACAAGGCCGAAAGAGAGCUGAUUCAAGAAAAGAGCAACAGCCAAAUGAAGCAUCUAGAGAAGGAAUACAAUCAUAGACUGGCCAAGUCUGCACAGGUUGUUGCUGAACUGCAGACAUCUCUCAGCAGCACAAAGGAAGACAGUCGCAAAACGCAGCAGUUUCUGGAGAGAGAGUUAGAAGAAACCCAGAGACGCUGGGAUGAGGAGAGGAAACAGAUCAACAGAGAUGCUGACCAAAACAGUAAGGUUCUUCAGGAACGUGUGGAGACUCUACAGAAACACCUUCACAUCGCUGAAAAGAAGUUGAUGAGCCGAGAGCUUGAACAUCAGGAACAGAUGACACAUGUUCAUCAGGAGUGUGAGCAGAAGAUCAAAGGACUGAUGCCUGCUGAACUUAGACAGGAGCUGGAGGACACCAUUACCUCCCUUAAAUCUCAGGUCAACUUCCUCCAGAAGAGAGCCGCUGUUAUACAAGAGGAACUGGACACUUGCCGCAUCAGGAGUGAGCCUCUCAGAUACAUGAAGAGAUAAAAGAACCUUCAGGAGAACUUCACCCCAACCCCAUACCCUACUACUGGCAAAGGAGAUGAAACCCAUUAUUACACCACUGUUCACUUUCAUGGACAAAAAGGGAUUAGAGAGAGCACCAGACACUGUUUCUGUAUAUUGUUUGACUUUAAAGUCAUGCGCAAAAUGGGAUUAAAAACAUGAGAAAAAUGCUAAUAAAUAACGCCCUCACCCCACAGAAGACUAAACCAGCUUCAAAAACACUUGGAUACCUUUGUGUUUCCAUCAGUGUCCUACCGCAGCUAUCAGCUUAAAGGUCAUUCCAGGACCAAAUAAAAGUUUAUUUUCUUCAAAUGUCCGAUUUCUUACUGAAUCUUUUUAUGUGGCCGUAACAAUUCAAUUCAAUUUCAGUUCUGCUGACAAUGACCCUUACAUUACACUAACAGUUUCUUUAUUUUGGGGCAUCUAGUUUUCCACGUUUUGGUCGGUGAACACUUAAAGGAACAGUUUUAAUAAAAAAUGAAUGAUUUACUGAUAACUGAUUCAAAUCUUAAAUCUCUUAAAUCUUUCAUGGCUAUUUAAACAUGACACAUCAAGACAUGUCAUACUGGAUUUGUAGUCCAGUCCAAGUGGAAGUUUUACUGAAACAGUAAAAAGAUUCAGCGUUGUGUUCAAUACUGAGUAAAUGAUGACAGAAGUUUCAUUUUUGGUAAGCUGUUCCUUUAUUGAUAUUGUCCCAGAUUUGUUCAUGUUUCUUUGCCUAAGCCACAUUCAUGACUGUUGCUCUGCAUAUGUCAUACUGUUUGGUUUGAUUUAUUAUUAUUAUUAUUAUGAUGAUGAUUAUUAUUCGAGCA